AUGCCUGAUUAUUAUAUCUUUGGCUUUGCUUUUACAGAAUUACCAGAUUUUUCUGAUCCAAGAAUAGGAUGGGGUGCACGUGGAAAAGGUACAAUUUUUUCUCAAUUAAUGGUUUUACGACAUGCAUCAGAAAAAUUUCGUCUUGCUUAUGAAUUACCAUUAGAAACGAAUGAAUUAUUUGGUACAUCUAAUCAAUUUUCUAAUGUAACUGUUGAUGAUCUUGAUGAAAAUUCUUAUCGAUUUGAUAUACUUGCUAAAUAUGAUUUAUGGAGAAAAAAAAAUCCUAUAAAACAAUAUGAUGAAUUAAUUGAUUAUAAAAAUUUAAAUGAUUAUUUCUAUGAAAAUGAUCUUGAUGAUAAUGAAAUACCAGAUUAUGACGAAGAAAAUUCUCAAACAUCAUUACUUUAUCAAUGGCAUCGUGAUAGACAUUUUGAUAUUGGAAACUCAAUUAUAAAAUAUGUUGAUGAUAAAAUGAUUAAUAUAACUGUAUUAGAAUUUGUUAAAAAUUUACCACAAUUUAAUCGAGCUAAUUAUCAAUCAGCUAGAUUACCUUUUGAUCUUUUUCGACCAUAUGCAUAUUUACUCGAAGAAAAAUAUCGAGGAAGAACAGAAUGUUAUAUUGUAGUAAAUUCAACACCACAAACAACAAUUCUUUUUAUUCCACUUGAUGAACGUUUUACAACAAGAUCGAUUGUAUUAAAUUUAGCUCGUCUUAUUCAAGAUGAUUUUAUAUUAUUAACACCACCCAUAGAAUUAAUAAGUCAUUGGAAACAACCAGCAAAUACAAGCAUACUUUUUCAAUGGAUACAUGAUCAAAUAAUAAAUUCAUGCACAAUGUCUACAUCAUGUUCAUUAUUAAUAUCAACUGAACAACUUAUUUAUGGUGGUCUUAUUAAUAGUCGAAUAAGUAAUACUUCAUUAGAUGAAUUAAAUUCAAGACUUAAUAAAUUAGUUGAAUUUAAACGUGAAUUUGGUUCAAAACUUCAAAUUUAUCUUAGUUCUGUUAUAAUGCGUAUACCAGCAUAUAAUGAAGAUUUUGAAGAACCUGAGUAUUGGGCUAUAUAUGGUCGUCUUAUUUAUUUAUGGUCGUUUUAUACAGAUCGAUAUGCUGUACUUCAUAAUCCAGCUGAUGAAGAGCAAGUUCAUAUUUUAGAAAAACAAAUACCAUCGAAUAUUCUCGAUGAAUUUAUACGGCGACGUGCAAGAAAUUAUAAUUUAACUUAUACACUUCUACAUGAUUAUACUAAAGUUUAUUUUGAACGUAUUUGGUUAACACUUGAUGAUAAUGCUGAAUAUGGAUUAAAUAAAGCUGAAGAAAGACAAUUAAUUAAAUUAAUUAAUGAUCCUUCAUUAAAUAUAAGUUCAAAAGUAAAUAUUUAUCCUGGUGCUGAUGAAGUUAAUUUAGCAAUACUUAGUCAAAUUGUUGUCAAUAAUAAACAACAACAACAAUCAUCAAUACCAACAAUUACUGUACUUUAUAGAAAUAUAACAACAAAAAAUUAUAUACCAAAUUAUGAAGGAGCACCACUUAAUGAAAGUAUACUUAAACAAAUAAUAGCUGUCGGUGGACAUUAUAUUGAAUAUAAUAAUGAAACAUCUACUGAUAUUCUUGUUCUUGUUAAUAAUUGGUCAACAGAUAAACAACAAGAAGCAACUCAAUUACAAACUUGUGAAGAUUAUUCUACAUUAGAUAUUCAAACAAAUAAAUCUAUUAUUGUUUAUGCUGAUGUACGUUAUAGUAAUGGUGGUGAUAUUUGUUUUUCACAAUGGAUAUUAAAUCGUACACUAUUUGGUACAUAUACUUAUGCUGGAUGGAAUACUAAUGGAAAUACAUUAGGUACAUGUUUAAAAAACCGUCGAUUUACAUUAUAUCGUUUUAUUGAAGAUGUUCAAUAUCAAGCUUUUCUACGUCAACAUCUUUUAGAAUAUAUUACUGAUAUAUCACUCGAUCCACUAGAUAAACUUAAUAAUGAUCCUAUAUUUUAUGAAACAUAUAUUCAAAAAGGUUUUAUAUCAUAUGGAAAUAAAAUAACAAAUGAAUUUAAUGUUACUAAUGUUUAUUAUCCAUGGAAUCGAACAUUUGAAAUUGGUUUUCAAUUAAUAGAUAAUAAAUAA